AAGGACUGCAACUACAUUUUUGACAAAUCACAAGCGUGUGGACUUGGGGAAACCAAAUACCGUGACUGGGAUGAGAUGGAGUUUGCCAUCUCCCGGCUGCCACUCUGCACAACAGGCUACGCGCCCGGGAGAUGGCUUGUCCCGUGUGGCUCCUGUUACGAUAGACAGUCCUGUUACUGGUCCAACGCUGUUUGGCAGCCUUACGAUUGCCGUUACAUGGACUUAAAUGAAAAAAAUCUGCAAACAUGUCUUGCUGGUCGAACGAUACUAUUUCAAGGCGACUCGAUUUUACACGGAUUUUUCGCCUACAUAAAAAUCGCCCUUAAAUUGAAGAAAGGAACCGGCGUUGCGUCUGAUCGACACAUCUACGUGACCACGUCCAAUGAAGGGAAGAAGGUUGCCAUGCAGUACACCCGUCUAUUGGCGUUAAAAAACGACGACGUGGUGGCCAUACCAAGAUACUUCAAUAGCGAGUUGGACAAGCUGCUGUCGGCAGCUGAAAAGAUAGAAAAUACGAAGAAUACCAUUUUCGCAUUAGGUGGCUCAUACUGGAUGCAACCUGCAAUAUAUAAAUGGUUCAUGGGCAGGUUAGACAAUGCUGGAUUGACACAUGUUACUAUUGUGAUAAAAAUGGACAAUGCUGUUCUGCAUCACCCACAGAUAGAGACCACUACUUGGGAUCCAGUUCAACAUCUGAAAAGAAAUCUAGCCGUCGCCCAUAUGAUCGAGUCGGAGAAACCGAGGUCACAAAACGUAAAGCUUGUUAACCCAAUGAAUAUUACGAUGCCCAUGUUCCAAGGAUUUUUUGGCGGAUACUGCGCUUGUCAUUUUGAACAGGUAUGUGUGUAA